AUGGUGGUUAUAAUGAUCAUGUCAAGUAGUGGUGGCGGCAAUAAUGGUGGAGGGUGUGGUAGUGAUGGGCAUGGGCAUGGGGAUGGUGGUGACGAUGGUGGUAGAUGUCAUGGUGGUGAUAGCUAUUACAAUAUGAUGGUAGUAGAGGUGGUAAGGGUGAUGGUGGCAGCAGUUGUGGUGGUGGUGGCGAUGGUGGUUGAUAGUGAUGCUGGAGGUGGUUGUGGUGGUGGUGGUGGUGGUGGUGGUUAUGGUGAUGGUAAUGACCAUGGCAAGGUGGUGGUGGUGGUAACAUGGUGGCAAGAUGGUGGUAGUAGAGGUGGUGAAAUCAUAUCUUGA